GUCCGGUUCCGGGCAGCCGGUGGGCGCCGCUGAAGCGGAGGUUCUGGAAGGGCGGAGCGAGGGGGCCGUGCGGGGGCUCCGCCGCUGCCGGACGUCUGCGUGCGGAGCCCGGACAGAGACUUUGGAUUGCAGUUCUCUAGCACAGAGUAACAGAGAAACUGGCUGAGACUGUCACUCGAAUGCCGUGUGCUUGACAGAGAAUUGCUAGGAUGGGCAACAGUGCAUUAAAAGCCCACCUGGAGACAGCACAGAAAACUGGUGUGUUUCAGCUGACUGGAAAGGGACUUACUGAGUUUCCUGAAGAUCUGCAGAAGCUAACAAGCAACUUAAGGACAAUAGAUUUGUCGAACAACAAAAUAGAACUCUUGCCACCUCUCAUUGGAAAAUUUUCCUUUUUGAAGAGCCUUGCUCUAAACAACAACAAACUGAAUGCUUUACCUGAGGAGUUGUGUAAACUGAAAAAACUGGAAACACUGCACUUGAAUGGCAAUCACUUGAGGCAGUUACCAGCUGCAUUUGGACAACUUUCAGCUCUCAAAACCCUGAGCCUUUCUGGAAACCAGCUUCGGACUGUGCCUACACAACUCUGUGGUCUUCGCCACUUGGAUGUGGUAGAUCUUUCGAAAAACCAGAUCCAAAAUGUGCCCGACAGUGUGGGAGAAUUGCAGGCUAUCGAACUCAAUUUGAAUCAGAAUCAGAUUUCCCAGAUCUCAGUGCAGAUAUCCCACUGUCCACGCCUCAAAGUCUUGCGUUUAGAAGAAAACUGUCUAGAACUCAGCAUGCUUCCUCAAAGUAUCCUUAGUGAUUCCCAGAUCUCACUGCUUGCAGUAGAAGGCAACCUCUUUGAAAUCAAGAAACUCAGAGAACUGGAAGGUUAUGACAAGUACAUGGAACGAUUUACAGCUACAAAGAAGAAGUUUGCAUGAUCAUUAUUCUGACCCGGUAUGUUACUAAUAAGAAGAGAGACUAGAAGUACCUGCUUCACUGACUUAAACCAAGACUGAUGAAGGAAAUGAUCAGAGUACUCCUCCUCUAGUAGUCUGAUAGAGCCUGUUAAGGCUGCACUGAAUAAACUUGAACUAGAGAACAUAGGUAUUGAACGGAUGAACCUGCCCAGGGGCCAGUUUUGAUUUUUGUGCCACAAUAGCUUUUAACACAGUACGUGUUCUCCUUUGUCACGGCUUGUUCUUUCACAGAGAAAGGGAAUGAGCAUUUCAAAGUUGCCAGUUCCCUUUUGUCAUGAAGCUGGCUGUUGAUUUGUAAGAGGAUUAUUUCUUCUGGAAACAGUUUUCCAUGAUAGAACAUGGAAGUUCUACCACCAAAGCAUUGUAUGUCUUGCAGUAAGCACUAUUCUACAGAGAAGAACUUCUAUAGGCAAGGUUUUAAUUUAUAACCUGUAUGAGUUUUUUUUAUGAAGCACAAGUAGUUGUGGUUAAAUGUGUUAUUAACAGCUUCCAGUAAACAAAUUGUGGUUUGAGCAUCCUUCAUUCAUAUUUUAUUGUAUAGGCUUUCUUUUCCCAUAAGCAAGAAUUGCACUACAGCCCACUUCUGCUUGAGCUUUAUUGAAUAAAAACUAGGUUCAUCUUCAAUGUAUUUACUAAAAAUGUAUAUUGCUAGAAAAUACAAUAUCCUUGCACUGACUCUUGUACAGAGCAAUGCUGAAGGUUUUAGUCAUCAGCUCACUGCUGCUGCCUUACUAUCAAAAGCACCUAGAAAGAGGUAAAAAUGUAUACAAUUAUGUAACUUAUACUGAAAAGGAAAAUGUACUUGUAUAUUUUAGUAAAUUAUUUUCAAAAAAUCAGUUCAUUUGGUGUAACUCCUGCUGUUUUCACUUUAAUAAGUAGUAUUAAGCUGUCACUGAAAGCCCUCACUUAGGUACUUGGGUCUGUCAGUUGUUGGUAACAGCUACACUUCAACAUAACAGCCAAAAUUAAGAUUAGCAGUAAGCGGUUCUUUUAUAAGAUACUAAGAGAGGUAUCUAGUUCCCUAUUUGUAGCUAUUCAAAGGAUGGAUGUGAUCCAUCAUUUAACAGGCAACCAGUUUGUCAUGGUUUGAAAAUUGCCCCCCCCGGAGCCAGGGGGCCCAGAGGUGAUUGGGUGCCAGGGCAGUCUCCCCUGGAGGGCCAAUCACUGCUCGUUUUGUUCGCUCCUGUGAAAAAUCAUAUAUACACAACCGGUGGGAGUUGUUGGCAAUCAGUCUGUCUGCCUGCUGCUGUGUGAGUGUGUGGGUGUGAGGAAGGCCCACGGGUGGCAGGGCCCCCUUUUUUCCCCUCCGAGGGAAAGGGGGGCCCUGUGGCCCACAACUCUGGCCUAAGCCAGGGUUGGAGGCAGCAUUGGAGUGAAUGUGUGUUAUGAGGGAAGGGACUCACAGCACCUAAAGGUAAGUGGGAGAGAGGAGCCAAGCCCUCUUCCCCCCAUCUUUGCAGCUAGACUGCGGAGGGGCUUCUUCUUUUCCCUCUCACUGUAGAGGGGACGCUCAGCAUUGGAGCAGAGCCAAAGUGGACGGGCGGAAUGCAGCCCGGUGCCAGGGAGAUAACCCCAGGUGAAAUUGGAGACGGACCAGAGAAAGGCCCAGAGGAUGUCCUUGCAGUGAUUUAAAAUGGAGGACAGCCGAAAACUCGGAGAAGGAAUGAACACUCCAGGAUGCGUACUGUGAUACAGUACAGAAUCGAGGUAUGAGAGAGAGAAUCACACAGCAGAGAUGGCACAGAACCAAGGAGAAAGGACUCAGAGCUAUCUUCUUGGACUUCGUCAGGAAGAAAAGACUUCAGCAAACAGCUGGAGGUUGGUGGGGGGAAUGAAUCAGGUUCCCUGAACACUCCCACGAGAGAAAGACUGGUUACCUAUCAGCCUGAAGGGCUUUUCCUGGACUGAAUUAAGGGAGAAGCUUAAAGGGACUGAUAGAAGUGUGUAAUAUUAUAUAUAUAGUUGCUUUUAGCUUGUACAGUAUAUUUAUUUGUGUAAAAUAAAUUUAUAUAUACUUCCCCUU